AUGCUUUUCCCUUUUCAUUCCUUACAUCUGCCUGCCACAAGUGCAUUUUCCUCAGUGUCCCACCACUUGAUCCAAGAACCAUUUCCUUGUAGUCCCCAUUACACUUUGACACAAUUCUUUCCCUUUUCAUUCCUUACAUCUGCCUGCCACAAGUGUACUUUCCUCAGUGUCCCACCACUUGAUCCAAGCUCCUUUUCUUGUGGUCCCCACCACUUUUGUCACAAUGCUUCCCAUUUUCAUUUCCUUACAUCUGCCUGCCACAAUUGCAUUUUCCUCAGUUCCCCAUCACUUUUGCCACAAUUUUUCCCUUUUCAUUCCUUACAUCUGCCUGCCACAAGUGUACUUUCCUCAGUGUCCCACCACUUGAUCCAAGCUCCUUUUCUUGUGGUCCCUACCACUUUUGUCACAAUGCUUCCCAUUUUAAUUCCUUACAUCUGCCUGCCACAAUUGCAUUUUCCUCAGUUCCCCAUCAUAUUUGACACAAUUCUUUCCCUUUUAAUUCCUUACAUCUGCCUGCCACAAAGUGUACUUUCCUCAGUGUCCCACCACUUGAUCCAAGUACCUUUUUCUUGUGGUCCCUACUGCUUUUGUCACAAUGCUUCCCUUUUAAUUCCUUACAUCUGCCUGCCACAAGUGCAUUUUCCUCAGUUCAACACUUUUGUCACAAGUGCUUCCCUUUUAAUUCCUUACAUCUGCCUGCCACAAAGUGCAUUUUCCUCAGUGUCCCACCACUUGAUCCAAGAACCUUUUCCUUGUAGUCCCCACACUUUUGACACAAUUCUUCCCUUUUCAUUCUUACAUCUGCCUGCCACAAGUGUACUUUCCUCAGUGUCCCACCAUUUUGAUCCAGAACCUUUUUUCCUUGUAGUCCCCACCACUUUUGACACAAUUCUUCCCCUUUUCAUUUCCUUACAUCUGCCUGCCACAAGUGUAUUUUCCUCAGUGUCCCACCACUUGAUCCAAGAACCAUUUCCUUGUAGUCCCCAUCACUUUUUGACACAAUUCUUCCCUUUUCAUUCCUUACAUCUGCCUGCCACAAGUGCAUUUUCCUCAGUGUCCCACCACUUGAUCCAAGAACCUUUUCCUUGUAGUCCCCACCACUUUUGA